AUGGCCCGCGACGUAGUGGGACUACGUAAGGGCGAGGCGCGUAUACGGCCAGCGGCCGAUGCGGCCAUGUCCCAUAUGCAUCUCAAUGCUUUUGCCAUACUUGCUGCCUGUGGCUUUCAGGGAUCUAGUGCGCAUGCUUGCCAUGUAGUGGCCGAAAUCAUGCAGCGGUACAUGGCCUUGCUAGCUCGAACAGCUACGACACUAGCUAACGAGGCGGGACGUGCUACAGUGAAUUUAUGGGACAUAUCUAUGGCGAUGGAAGAAGUCAUGGGAGCAGGUUCUAUGGACGAGCUGCUAGAGUGGGCGCACGAUGAAGGUAUCUGGAAGCGGUCGACCAACGACAUUUGGCCAGCCUCUGUCCAAGCGCUGCAGACGCAUCUUGGGCAAUUCAAUACAGCUGUCCCAUCCAAGACGAUGGCGGAGCCCAUUCCGAUGAGCUAUCGGCCCGCGGACGUAGGUGUCGAGGCCGAGCUAGAAGUCCGCCAAGCCGUCGACGAAUGCCUCGAAGAGGACUUGGUCUGGCAAGAGGCUGCAUACCUUGCGACCCCAUCCUCCCCCAGCACCUCCUCUCCCCCCACACCUACGGAUGCUCCUACGUACAUUCCCUCGUUCCUCCCGCCCCUACCACGCUUGGAUCGCGGGCCCACGCCGCCUCCCAAGGCCGAAUCGCCCCCACCACCCACCUCUGCCUCCACGUCUACGAAGGAUGUGCCCAUCCGACCCACGCCUCGCGCGAUCAGUGUCCAGGGUGUACCGCCUGCUGAGGAAGUAUGUGAGGAUGGCGUGCGUCGAGUAUGGCGUCGGCCUGCAGACGUCUACGCUGGCGUCUUGGCCGAGAGUCAGGAAGCGCGGUCAGAUUUCCCCUCGCUGGAAAAGUGUAUGCAAUGGGCCAAGUCCACGCCUCUUUCCUCCAACCGAUCUACGACAUCGUCCCUCGAUGCAUUUAUGCAUGCCAUGGAUGCUAUGGCCGACGACCCAGUCACUCGCUCUCCUGUAUACCUCACAUCCCUGGCUCGUUCUCACCAUGCCAACCCAACGUCUACGUCUUCCAUGAACGCAGCCUACAAGCGACGACGCCUUGCUCAUUCCAUUGCUGAUCCACUUCGAUAUGUACCAAACGACUCAAUCCAUGGCUGCGUCGAUGUGCAUCCCACGGCGCCCGCCACAGCGCCUGGCCCGAGCUUGUUGAUUACCAUCCCACCGGCCAAGGAUGGCGUGGAUGAAGAGACACAUGCGGCGACCGCAGCGCCGAUCUUCACACCCGUGCAUCCCCAAGGCCGCGAUAUUUCCUUGGUACCGCCUGCUGGCGGUCAGUUCCCGAUUCUGGGGUACCGUCAUGCAUCGCAUUUGUACCAUGGUGCCCGUAUGCUCAUGUACCCCGAUAUGCAGCGUGUAUUCUCACGACUGGAAGAUCCUCCUGCUGUGCUGGACGAUCAUCAUACCGAGCAAGUAUACCACGGCACAGCCGCUAGUCGCACAAUGCUUACAGGCACCAUGAUGUCUGUUCGUCAUCGCGAUACGCCCAGUGUGAUGGUCAGUCGGUACCGCGGAGCCAACUCCAUUUUACAUGCAUCGCUCGAGCGUCUGCGUUUCCAUUUGGCAGCUCAAAUGGAGGCGGCACGUCGCGCCGCGCAGGCCGAGGGCCACGUCGACGAAGUGGAAGAGCCUAUUCGUGGCGAACGUAUCAAAAUGCCUGUCAAAGGCACCUUGGUUCACUCAUGGGAUUGGCGCAAGGCGGACCCAUGGGCAUCCUCAUAG